GGUGCCUUUGUUCUUUGUUGUCUAUUAAGAAGCAUGAUGAAAAGCAAGAUGAGAAUGCUAAAGAUGAAGUUAAACAAAAUAUUCCUUCUCCUUCAGUAGUUAAAUCCCCUGCUGAAGGUACUCACUCAGAGCCAGUUACCCCAGUGAUGGGUAGACAAGCUGGAUUGUAUUCUCCAAGUACUGAAGGUGGGCAUGCUGAAACUGAGAGUCCAACACUUUAUGCUCCUUUACCUAUUGACCAGGACAGCAGUAGCCUUGUUGUUGAUUAUACAAAAGAUAAAUUGUUAGACAUACAAUCCCUCCUGUGUGGAGUUGAACUAACUUCUAGUUUAUAUUAG